CUCUAUUGACAUCCUCUCUGCGACCCUCUUCUGUAUCCAUCCAUACAAACUGUUAAAAUGUCAACAGAAGACCUUUUGAAAGACAAGUUCUACCUUCGUUACUACACUGGUCAUCAAGGUGCACAUGGACAUGAGUUCCUUGAGUUCGAAUACUCCUACGGACGUAUUCGAUAUGCCAACAACUCCAACUACCGAAAUGACAGUCUUAUUCGAAAAGAGAUGUUCGUCUCCCCCGCCGUUGUCGACGAAUUGAAGAGAAUUGUUCGAGAGAGUGAAAUCACAAAAGAAGAUGAUGUGGCAUGGCCUAGGAAGAACGUCGUUGGAAAGCAAGAACUCGAAGUCAGAAUAGAUAAGGAACAUAUCUCAUUCGAGACUGCCAAGAUCGGUGCUCUUGCGGAAGUGAAUGAUUCUAGUGACCCUGAUGGAUUACGAGUAUUUUACUACUUGAUCCAGGAUCUUAAAUGUUUCAUUUUUGCCCUCAUUCAGAUGCACUUCAAGAUCAAGCCUAUCCAAUCCUAAACAAAAUGUACUCAUGAGUAGAAAGAUAGUUUGUCGAUUUUAUAUACCUUGGCGAUAGCAUGCAUGUAUAACAGUCCGCCCAGC